AUGAGAAUAGAGAGUUACAUUGUCGCACUACUUUCUCGCACUGUCAUGACGGAAAUAACCGAAGAGUAUGGUCUGGAAGAUAAAGUUCAAGGAAUUACGUUGGAUAAUACAGCUUUAAACACAACAUUUAUCAAUGAAUUAGGUCAACUUUUGAAAAAAUCGAAAUCUUCCAUAGCAGACAUGCAUUUUAAGUGUGUUGCGCACAUCUUAAAUCUAAGUGCCCAAGAUUUAUUAAAGGAACUAAAUUUACAAAAUGACGAAGACAUUCCAGACGACGAUGACUUCGAUGAUGACGAAAAUGCUAACGAAUUAACUAAUUACAUAGAAAUAUCAACGUCAGAUAAAUGGAAUUGCUCACCUGUGAAGAAAUUAAGAACUUUAUUUCUUAAAUUAAAAUAUUCAGAAAAGCUUAGGAUAAAAUUAGAAUGUUGCUGUGGGACUGUAGGUAUAAAAAUGUUGUUACCAAGCGUGGACGUGAAAACCAGAUGGAAUUCCACCUACGACAUGAUCGAAAAAGCUAAAAAAAUGGAUAAGGCUUUAACUUUAAUUUGUGAAACGGAUAAAGAUCUCCAAGCCUUACAGUUGGAAAAAGCAGACUGGGAUGUUUUAAAAGCUGUCGUCAAAUAUUUACGAUAUUUCAAAUCCUUAUCCACAAUUCUUUCUGGUGAUAAGUACGUCACGUUACCUAUAGUAAUUGUCGGCUUAAAUAUGCUUAUUGAUAAAUUAGAAAAGUCAAUUGAAACGUUAGACUCAAAAUUAGACCAAGAAUUGAUGGAUAAUAAAAUUAAAAAUGCCCUCCAAUGUGCUCUGGGUAAGCUAAUGAAGCAUUACACAAAAACUAAUUGGGUGUACUGUGCUGUGUUGGUUCUUGAUCCGAGAUUUAAAUUGGAAACAUUUUAUAUGACCGAUUGGGGCCGAGAAAUGGUCAAAUGGUCUAUAUUUAAGUUCGAGGAUAUUUACAAGAAAGAUUAUUAUGUACAGGAAACCGAAACUGAACUUCCACUGCCUUCUAAAAACAGUGAAGAAAGUGACGAUGACGAUAUUGACCCCGCUGCUCUUUUUUCAUCGAAAAACGAUAAAUCAAAGAAUGCAACAUGCCGAAAUAAGAAUAAAGCAACAGAAGAUUGGCGCAAAGAAAUAGAUUAUUAUUUCGAUUUGGGAAGAACAGACAAAGACACAGAUAUUCUUCAGUGGUGGAAACAUAACGAGAAUAAGUUCCCUAAUUUAGCUCGCAUGUUGGAAAUUGGUUAUCCGUACAUGGGUCAUUUUCAGUGA